UAAGUGUGAAAACUCUGAAAAGUGAAAACCCCAAAAAACCCACAAGAAAAAAAAAAAACCUUAAAAACAAUGACACAAUAAAGAGAAAGAGGAUUCGUUUUCUCCAAACGUUAUUAUUUGUAGCAGCGGCUGCAACAACAAUUGGGGUUUCUUUCGUUUCGUUUCGUUUACUUGGACACUGUCGCUCUCUCUCUCUCUCUCUCUGAGCUUCAACGUUUCGUUGAUGCACCGAUUGGUUAUUAGAUGGUCAACAUUGAUGCCUAUCGAUCACUAUGGACGGUUGAGAUAACGAGAUCAUUAUGGGGGUGAUGAUGAGAUGAUCUGAUCCCACUUCCCAUAUUUCUCGUAUAGAAUCUCAGGGCUAAAACUUCUCUUUUGGCCGAGUGUACAGAACUUGAGGGACCUAACAGAACAAUUGAGAUAGUUUAACUGAUACCUAGUGAGAUGGCACAGUGGGGUGUUCGUCAUCGAUUGCCAUUCAUGGGUCAGCACGAGGAUGAGGGAUAUGAAAGUCAGCUUCCCGACUUCCCUAAGGAAGAGGAAUCUAAUGAUGAAGAAGGAGAAGAAAAAAUCAUUAAUACUGAGUCAUUAUUUUUGCCAGAAACUAAGAAGAGGAAGCGAAUUAGCCUUAGUCAGCUCAGAGAGGUAAAAGAGGAGCCAUGUGGGAGGCAAAGUAGUCGCAAGCUUAAGACAAAAAAGCCUGACAGUAAGGAUAGAUGGUCAACUGAGAGGUAUAAAUUGGCUGAGCAAAGCAUGUGGGAGGUGUUAAAGGCUGAAGGUGCAACUUUUGAAAAGCCAAUUACCCGACCUGCAUUAAGAAUGGCAGCACGUAAGCACAUUGGCGAUACUGGACUCUUGGACCACUUACUGAAGCACAUUGAUGGUAAAGUGGCACCUGGAGGUACUGAGCGCUUCCGAAGAUGGUUCAACACCAAAGGAAUCAUGGAGUAUUGGUUGGAAAGUGCUGACUUGGAUGAUGUCCGCCAGCUGGCAGGGGUGCAGGAUCCUUACUGGAUACCACCGCUAACAAUUAGGGCUGGCAGUGCCCCUUCUCAGAAGACUGAUUCGUCUGAUGAAUUGAAACUACUUAAAAUGGAAAUGGCCCAACUGAAGAAAGAUAUGCAGCAGCUCGUUGCCAAGCAGCAACUGAAGAGUGAAGCUAGUCUCAUGGAGGAGUCUCACAAGGAAUUGGUGAAGUGGAGAUCUGGUAUUGAUCAUCACCUUACUGAAAUCAUGGCAUCUCUAAAGGGUGUGCAGGGCAAGUAUGGUGAAUUUGCAAUUUGGAAAACUAAAGUUGAACAACAGUUUGCCGAAAUAACAAAUAAAUUGAGUGAUCUCAAAGCAUCAAGGGAAUGUGUUCCCCCUAGUUCUCCUUCAGACAGGUGGAAAGAUUGGAUAGAAAAUACUAACCUACCGGAAGAUGAAUUUGCAACUUGGAUUGGAAGUUCUGAGCUGCUUAAUGUUCCACCAGAGAUUGUACUUGAUGACCCCAACACAUCCCUCCCGACGCACUUACUUAGCGAAGGAUUGGUUAACAAGCGGAGUGAUUUGCUGGAGGUGGUGCCUUUCAAACAAGAAGAUCCUCCUAAUGUGACCCCUGACUCGUCUACGACUGUUAAUUCCAAGUCAGACCAUGACAACUCAAUGAUGAUGUUUCAGGAGAUGUACAUGGAUAUAUUCAAAUGGAAAGAACAAAUUGAUAAGCAGAUGAUGGAGUUAUCAAACACUGUAUACGGUAUGCUGGCAAUGAAGUAGACAUCAUUUUCAAAGCGUAGGAUAGGAUUAUAACCACCUCGUCCAUAUGUUUUUUUCCUCCACUGUGAAAAAUGGUAGAGUUUAGAAAUUGUACAGCAUUAACAAUCUGAUCCUGAAAAAUCUUUGCUAAACCUCCAAAGUUAAUAGAAGAGGUUCUAGGUCUCACUCUCACAUGCUUAACGAGCUGCAAAUCAUUGAAAUUUUAUUGGCAUUUUGCAUUAGGGUAAUCAAUCUAGGUAGGGUACUCAUUGGAGCUUCUAUUUUAAUGUUACUGUUUUCUUAUUGACUUGGUUAAUGAUUAUGCCAAUUCCUUUUUAGUUUAGUUUAGGGUUUACCGUAUUUAACUAAUUAGCUACAACGAUCUUUCUUCAAAACUUGUACUUCAGAUAUUUGAGGGACAAGUUGUCUCAUAUUUAUAUAUACAGUUUCUAUAGUAGCGCUGA